CGGGCGUGCAACGCUACUUGCACAAAGGUUGCACAUAUUCCAUUUUGUCUUCAACUUGCAGACACACGUUAAAAUAUAUUUGAAAUUUAGCUCGUUGGACUAACUGGUUUUCGCAGAAAAAAGGAUGAAUCCAACACAGUUAGGGAUUCUGCUAAUUAUAACAGCAGCAUUACACUUUUGCAACGCACAAGUUGACGAACGCCCCGUUAUCUUACCAGCCCCAGUUCGCGGCAUUGAUUGUAUCUGUGACUACAGUGCAAACCCUUGUCGCUGCAAGUUUGAAGUUGAACAUCUUUUGACGAUGAUAUACAAAGAGGGUGGUAAUACAUAUCUUGCUAAACCGUCUGAAGGAAAACUGCAGGCCAACAAUAAAACCCUGAAUUCCAGUCAGGCUGAAAGAGUGAUUACAGCAGAUGGAGAAGGUUCAAGACUAGUUAUUGGAAUCAACGGAAAGUUUCCUGGCCCGAUGAUUGAUGCGUAUGAGAAUCAAGAAAUAGAGAUAACUGUGGUCAACAAAUUCCAUACGGACAGUGUUACGAUUCAUUUCCACGGUCUCCAUCAAGUCGGACGUCCAUCGAUGGACUGAGUAGCUUUCGUCUCACAAUGCCCCAUUCUUCCCGGACAAACUUUUGUGUACAAGAUCAAAGCAAGCCCUCCUGGAACAAGUUAUUAUCACGCUCAUAUCGGGGACCAGAGAAGCAUGGGCUUGUAUGGGCCUCUUGUUAUAAGGAAACCCCAAAGCGCUGAUCAAUUCUUUGGAGAUAUAAUCGUUACUCUCCAAGACUGGAAUCAUGACAUGGAUUCCGAAACAGCAUAUCAACGAAUGAUAACCGAACAGUUUGCCAGUGCAGGAAAUAAGCUCCUUCCAACGUUUUCAGUAGACAAUGCUAAAUUUAGCAGGUUUGCAUUUCAUUCUGGUCUUGUAAAUGGUAAAGGAAGGUAUUGGUCAACGAAUUCUACACACAACGGAGCGCCCCUUGAAAGAUUCAUUGUUCGGAAAGGACAAAAGUUUAGGUACAGAAUUAUUGGCGCUCAAACACUCUAUCCAAUGAGAGUGUUCAUACAAGAACAAACUCUUUCACUUAGGACGUCAGACUGUUAUAAUCUUAAGCCAAUAGAAGUUCAGUCAAUAAUUGUACAUCCGGGUGAACGGUACGAUUUCACGUUUAGUUUUGGCAGUGCUUCAAGAAAAGAAUACCUUUUGGUUGCGGAAACUAUUGAAACUCGCGAUAGUCACAAUAGCUACCAUGCGGCUGAAGCAGUAAUUGAAAUUGAGGACUUUGAGGGACCACGCAACAAUAACCCCACGAACAACCAGACGGAAAAAGCAUGCACUAUUGGUGCAAAAUGCGCUGUUUUUAAUUGUCCAUACGGUAGUCCGGGUACAGAUAUUCGAAACUGCCUCAACUUUAACCACGUCACAAACACAGAGCCUAACAGAGAUCCUUCCAGUAUUAUGAGCAUUGACGAAGAAUACUUCUUCAACUUUGCUUUUCCCGGGAGGGGCUAUACACCAGGGUCAGUAAAUGGUCGAGAAUUUGUGUCCCCUGUAUCUCCAGUUUUAACACAGCCUGACUCACUGAAGACACAAUGCGAUGAAAAUGACUGUACCAAUGACAUUUGCAAGUGCACAUAUAUCGUUGAUCUACCAAAGGACAAGGUUAUUCAGCUGAUCUUUACUAACCUUGGCACUGGGUCGGGUUGGUCCCAUCCUGUCCAUUUACAUGGUCAUUCUUUCUUCGUAAUGAAAAUGGGGUUCGGUGCAUACGAUGAAACGAACGGGCGUCUCAUAAACGAUACUGCAGACAUCAUGUGUACAGAUUUGAACAACUUUUGCACGGAUAUGCGAUGGACCAAUUCUUCUUGGACAGGUGGAAACAUUCCUGACCUGAAUAACGAUCCUCCCCAAAAGGAUACCAUAGUCGUGCCGACCGGCGGUUACGUUGUUGUUCGGAUAGUAACAAACAACCCUGGUAUGUGGUUCCUCCAUUGUCACAUCGACCUCCACAACACUAAUGGAAUGGGCAUGGUUAUCAAUUCCGGACAAGGGUCGCAUCCAGCAACACCUGAAGGAUUUCCGACAUGUGGCAACUUUCUGAACGAUGGAGAAUCGGAUGAUGAAACGAGUACAUCACUCCCUGUAUGGUAUAUAGGAGUUAUGAUUGCACUCGGAGUUGUUUGCUUCAUAUUGAUCGUCUGUAUCAUUUACCGCGAAGUAAUGGGGCGGCGUAAGGAGCGGUAUUUGGUUAGAGAAUGAAAUUGGCAAUUUGUUAACAUUUAUAUGCUUUAUUAAUCAACUCAACUCAACUAUACUUUAUUGUAAAUAAAGGCCUCCGGCCCAGAAUACAACAUAACAUUGUAUAUAGUAUAUAAUUGAAACAGUGCACCCUUGAUUUUUGAUUAUCUAUCGGUUUUCAAUAGCAAUCAUUAUUUUUGACACAUAGUAUGCUACUUGCUUUAAAGUGUAUUCAUCUUUGGUACUUAUAAGGUUAAUAAAUGUUCACUGAUAUGUCUGACCAUUCAACCAAUUAAAAAGGUAAUUUGUUCUUAUUUCCCCGUAUUGAGGACACUCAAAAAAGGCAUGACUCAUUUUCAAUGAUCUGUACGUUCAGACGUGUGAGACAAUAAAAACAGAUGCGAUCUUUACGCUGAACAUUAUAAUGUCUGCCUAAUUCUAUUUUUAGUUUAUGGUUAGAGCAUCUAAAUCGCGUUAGUGAUCGUCUUAUCUGAAAUGGUAUUUCAAUGAAUAAGUACUUUUAAGGAUUCAAUAACGAUUUAAAGCAUUUAUAAGUAUCGCAGCGCGAAGAGCUAUCGAUAUCGUUAUGCCAACUUUGCGCCAUACAGUCUGUAACGCGCUGUUUGAAUGAAUGUAAAAACAUGGUCAUGUCCCCGAUAUCUUGUGCAACCCAAACAUACCCAAACCCAAACCUAAACAGCAAAUCUUUAAUACAAGUUGCCCAUGUUCGUAUUCCAAUGUCGUCUAAGGUUUUCAGUUUACUGGAAAUCUAUGGUUUGGCAUUUGCAGCAUUGUACACCAAUAUUUAAUACAUUUAUAAUAAUAUAUAGUGCAAAGUGGAAGACGUCCGCAUUCACCCAAUACCAUGCUAUUAUUUAUACAAGAAUUAACACCCAAAAAGUAUCUGCAGAACUCUACAUGUGAUCGUUCAAUUAUUUCACUGUGUUCAUAGCCCCAUAUUUCAGACCCAAAGGUGAGUAUUGGGGUGACCAUGCUAUCAAACAAUUUAAAAAUAUCGGAAUUGGUAAAAUAUCCAAAUGGGUUUUGGUAUUGUCUGAUAGAGAGGCUAGCAUUGCGAGCCUGUGAUGCCAAUUUUGUUUUAUCUGCGGUCCAUGAUAAUUUUGGUGUAAAUAAUAAACCAAUGUAUUUAUAAAUUGACACAGUAUUGACUUCUUCACCGUUUAAAACCAUUUCUCGUAAUUGCGCAAUGACCCCACAUUCCUAAAGACAAUAAUUUCUGUCUUUUUAGGUUUACUUGCAUGCCGGUAUCAUGGCAAACACUUGAAUUUGCAUUGAGUUGUGAUUGAAGGUUAUUUGCUGUAUCCGUACAGUUCGCUAUAUCGUCAACAUACAUGAGACCAGGGGCGGAUCCAGGAAUCAACGUUAGAGGGGGCGUAGCUUAGGGGCGCAACCUUUUGACAUGCACCCCUCCCUCUGAACCGAAAGUGUAUGGCAUAAACUGUUUGCAUAUGGAUUGGGGGUUAAGAAAUCAAGGAAAAUUAACAAUUUGUAGUUGGAAAUGGUGCAUUAUGGGCGUAUUUUAUUAUUUUUUAUCUCCUAAAUUGACAUAAAAAGUAAACUUUGACGAUUUUAGAGGGGGCGCGCGCCGGAUGCGCCCCCUCUAAAUCCGCUAGUGGAGACAGUAAAUAUCUGGAAUAUUAUUGGUAAUAAAAAUGCCAUUCCUGCAUUUUCUCUUAUAUAUGCAACUAAAUCAUUAAUACAAAGAGAAAAUAUUAUCGGAGAAUUCAAAUCACCUUGUCUAGUGCCUAUAUUACAUAUAAAUCCUUGAGUAAUAGUAUUUCUGUCAAUUUUAACAUGUGCACUACUAGUUUCGAAUACAUGGAUGUCAGUACCACUUAUAAUUUCCCAUUCAUACCUUUCCCUGCCAAACUAGAGAACAACUUAAAGUGUACUAAUGAAUCAAACGCCUUUUUAAAAUCGACGUAAAGAACAU